UAAUUAACAUCUCACAAUUUGGCAUUGCCUCAUUCAAUUCAAUUCAUUGCAUUGUUCUUCUUCAUCUUCUUGUUAAGGUUUCAUCAUAUCAAUUCUCCUCACAGGUUCCCCUGCCCCACAGAGACAGACAUUUUCCUUACUGGUUAUGUUAUUAUUAUAAUCAUAAUAUAAAGAGGGAAGAAAGAAAGAAAGAAAUGGAAGAUUCAACACCAAAGUCUCUGAUGGAGAACCUGCUAGGCCUUCUCAGGGUUCGUGUUAAGCGUGGCGUCAACCUUGCUGUUCGUGAUGUUCGUAGCAGUGACCCUUAUGUUGUUGUUAAGAUGUACAAUCAGAAACUUAAGACUCGUGUGAUUAAGAAGGAUGUUAAUCCUGAGUGGAAUGAAGACCUUACCCUUUCUGUCAUAGAUCCUCAUCACUCCGUUUUGCUGACUGUGUAUGACCAUGACACUUUUAGCAAAGAUGACAAAAUGGGAGAUGCGGAAUUUGAAAUCUUUCCCUAUAUAGAAGCCUUGAAGAUGAACGUAACUGGCCUUCCCAACGGCACCGUGAUCAAGAGAAUACAACCAAGCAAGGAGAAUUGCUUGGCGGACGAGAGCUGUAUCUAUUAUAACAGCGGCAAAAUUAUCCAAGACAUGAUCCUCAGAUUGCGACAUGUCGAAUGUGGUGAAGUGGAAAUCUCGUUGCACUGGAUUGAUCUUCCCGGUUCUAAGGGUUUAUGAUUGAUCUUAUGGGAUGUUUGUUUAUUCACAACUACAUCCAUAUAAGCUGGCUUUCCUCCUUCAACUACCUGGUUUUGUGAAAUAUGGUUAGGUUAUAUUAUAAGACUUGAGCAACAAACUGAACUUGUAUUUAUUCAAGUUUACCUAUUUGUAUCCAGUUUGUAAUGCAUUUAGUACAGUUGAGAAAAUUGUCUGUUCAUGUAUAAAUCUGUCCUCUGGUUUGUGUUGCUUUCUUUACAUGUUGCUGAACACCUGUUUCUUUGUGUAUUAGAAAGACUUAGUAGUUUCUCA